AUGUCAUCAACAUGUAGCUCAAACCAUAAAACUAACCAACCACCUUCACCUUCUCCACAGUUACAAACCCGAAAAUGUGAUGCGGAUCAAACAAAGACUCCUCUAUUGGAGGAGUUAAAAGUUCAAGGAAGUUUGGCCUUUCCAAUGGUGUUGAUGAAUUUAGCUUGGUUUGCGAAGACAGCUAUAACAACGGCGUUUUUGGGUCGACUCGGUGAGCUCAGCUUAGCCGGUGGCGCGCUCGGGUUCACUUUUGCCAAUGUUACCGGUUUUUCUGUUUUGAAUGGUCUAUGUGGUGCCAUGGAACCUAUUUGUGGACAGGCUCAUGGAGCUAAAAACAUAAGGCUCCUUCACAAGACUCUUCUCAUGACAAUUUUAUUGUUGCUAUUGGUAACAAUUCCUAUUACUUUUAUGUGGCUUUACAUUGGUAAAAUUUUGAUUCAUUUUGGCCAACAACAAGAGAUUUCUACUGUGGCUGGAACCUAUGUUUUUUAUCUCAUACCUGAUUUGUUUGUUAUGUCACUCUUGUGUCCCUUAAAAGCUUACUUGAGUUCUCAAAGCAUCACUCUUCCUACCAUGUUUAGUUCUGGUGUAGCACUUGCUGUUCAUAUUCCUGUUAACAUACUACUCUCAAAAACCAUGGGUCUAAAAGGGGUUUCCAUGGCUGUUUGGAUAACUGAUCUUAUUGUUGUGGUUCUUCUUGCCAUUUAUGUUGUAAUUCUGGAUAAUCGAAAGGGAACGGCGUGGAAGGAAGGAGGAUGGUGGGACCAGAGUAUUAUGGAUUGGAUUAGGCUAAUCAAGCUUAGUGGAUCUUGUUGCCUCAACACAUGUAUGGAGUGGUGGUGCUAUGAGAUUCUAGUCUUGCUUACUGGCCACCUCGCAAACGCCAAGCAAGCGCUCGGAGUUUUAACUAUUGUGUUAAACUUCGACUAUUUGCUUUUCUCGGUAAUGUUGUCACUGGCCACUUGUGUUUCCACCCGUGUCUCGAAUGAGCUUGGUGCAAACCAAGCUAGCCGUGCUUACCGAUCUGCACGCAUGUCUCUGGGAAUAGGUUUUAUCGCUGGUUGUACUGGCAGCUUGGCGAUGGUGGCUGCAAGGGGAAUUUGGGGGCAACUUUUCAGCCAUGACAGGGGCAUUAUAAAUGGAGUAAAAAAGACAAUGUUGUUGAUGGCUCUAGUGGAAUUGUUUAAUUUUCCACUGGCAGUUUGUGGAGGGAUAAUUCGAGGGACGGCUCGGCCUUGGUUAGGUAUGUAUGCAAAUCUAGGUGGGUUUUAUUUCUUGGCUCUGCCCCUUGGUGUUGUUUUUGCCUUCAAGCUUCGUCUUGGCCUUGUUGGACUCUUCUUUGGACUUCUUACUGGUAUUGUAGCUUGCUUGUCGCUAUUAUUAAUAUUUAUUGCUAGGAUUAAGUGGGUGGAAGAAGCUGCCAAGGCACAAAUACUAGCAAGUAACGACCAAAUUAAGGAAGUUCCCUAUAAUGAUGCGGAAGUACAAAUUGAGGCUCGUGAAAAUGACAAAGUAUAAAAUGUGUUACAAUUAUCUCUAUGUAAGUACACAUUGAUAUGCGUGUGUCAAAACACUUGGCAAAUGGCAAGGAUGAAUAAGACACGUCUCAACCAUGCAUAACAAUUCAAAACAGAAGAUCCUACAAUGCAAAGACUGAAUGAAUUGCUAAACUCAUUUUAAGUGUUCCUUUCUUGAAUAUCACUAAAAGACAAACUUGACAUGCCAACCUAAAUGGGUUCUUUGUCAUUUUAGAUCACUA